AUGGAUACCGGAGAGUUCAUCUCCUCCAUGGAGAAUAUGGACCCGACGUUAGCGGAGUUAGGGGACGAAUUCACCUUAGGAGAUAUUGACGAGAUGCUACAGUUUGUCAGCAACCAGGUGGGGGACUUCCAGGACAUGUUUGAGGACCAGAUGAGCACGGCUCCCUCCAUACAGAGCAGUGUCGCCGGCUCCACCCAGCAGCUGGCGAGUCAGACCCCAAACACUGCUGCUUUCCAGACUACCACCACAAGCCUCACCUCAACACAGACGCUCCCCCAUCAGUCUGUGCCUCUCACGCCUCCCCUCACCCCUGCACAGACCCCCUCCCCCACCACCACCUCCUCUGUCCAGCAGCAGCAGUUGACCCGCAGCCCACCUCUGCUUCAGCCACGCCCGCAGGUGGUCCAGCCCAUCCAGCCUCAGCCUCAGCAGACUGCCCAGCAGGCCAUCCAGAUGCACACCCACGGGGUUCCUAUGCAGACCCAAAACUUCCCGGUCCACACUUUGGUUCAGACCCACUCCCAGACGCCCCUGCCCAUCCAGACCCAAGCACCACAAACCGUGAUGAUUGCCUCCAACGGGGGGCAGUCCCGUUUCAUCCAGAACCCUGUCAUCUGCCAUCAUAGUCCUGCUCCUGGAUUUCAAGUCCUACAGCCACAGAUGCAGAGCAUCAUGACAUCACAACAACUGCAGCCAGUCACCAUUCAGCAUCAGCGUGUUCUGACCCCAACGGGCCAGACUAUCCAGACUCUCUCUACGGCGCCCACUGCAGUCCACACCAUGCAGCAGCAGGUGCAGCAAGUACCGGUUCUGGUCCAGCAGCCUCAGAUUCUUAAGACGGACUCACUAGUUCUAACAACACUCAAAGCAGACGGGACGCAGGUGUUGUCCACUAUGCAGAGCCCCACAGGGAUCACCACCCUGACCACACCCAUCCAGAACACAGCGUUACAAGUCCCUACCUUGAUGGGCAGCAACAUCUUGACCACAGUCCCUGUUAUGAUGGGAGGUGGAGAGAAGCUCCCCAUCAAACAACUCCAGUCAGGCCCCGCCCCCUGCAACAACGCCCCCAGACCGAGCAUGGAGCAGAGCCAGGUGCCAGCAGGAAUAGCUGGACAAGGUGUUGUGGUAAAGGAGGGCGAAAGGAGGACGACCCACAACAUCAUCGAGAAGAGAUACAGGUCCUCCAUCAACGAUAAGAUCAUAGAGCUCAGAGACCUGGUCAUGGGUAACGACGCAAAGAUGCACAAGUCAGGAGUGCUGAGGAAAGCUAUCGACUACAUAAAAUACCUGCAGCAGGUUAACCACAAACUACGACAAGAGAACCUCGCCCUCAAGAUGGCCAACCAGAAAAACAAGCCUGUGAUCCUGUCGGAAGACGUUGAGCUCAAACAGGAGGCCGUGAUGAUGUCCCCUCCGGCCUCAGAUUCCGGCUCCGGAUCCCCACACCAGUUCUCUCCGUACUGUGUCGACUCGGAGCCAGGCAGCCCCUUACUGGAUCACCAUCAGGUGAAGAGCGAGCCAGAUUCUCCCUCCACGGUGGGAGUGAUGGAUCGUUCACGGCUGCUUCUGUGUGCCCUUACCUUCUUCUGCCUGUCUCUAAACCCGCUGCCCUCAUUGCUGGGAUCAGAGACCCCGGGGAACCCCGGCCUGACGGCCGCCCACAUCCCAUCCAGAACCCUUGUGUGGUUUCCCACCCACACACGGGACUUUGCUUCUUGGCUGCGCUGUCUUCUGCCGUGGGUGAUCGUGUGGGUCCUGAGUGGCGUGGGAGCACUGUGGGGCUGUGUUCGGGUGCUGUACCUCUGGGAGCCGGUCACACCCCUUCACUCGCCCAAAUCUGUGUCCUUCUGGAGACAUCGCAAACAAGCAGACCUACAUCUGAACAGGGGGGAUUACACAGCAGCCAUGGCCAGCUUAGAGACUUGCCUUUCUGUCUUGACGAGGGCUCUCCCCUCCAGCGGUCUGGACCUGGUUUGCUCCCUCUCCUGGAACCUCAUCCGCUACUGUCUGCAUCGUCCGGUGCCCUUUGGCUGGCUGGUCCACCAGGUCGGGGGGAAGUACGAGGGAGAAGAGGCAAAGACGAGCGCGAGAGAUGCAGCGUUGGUUUAUCAUCAGCUGAGCCAGCUGCAGCUAACAGGAAAGUUGCCUCAGCGCAGCAGCCUGUGGGCUUUGUCUCUCUCUCUGAGUGCUGUCAACCUCAGCGAGAGCGCCCAAGGCAAGAUGGCCCCGACUCAGUUCGCUCAGAUUUAUGUCACCGCAGCGACAGCCCUGCGCACCGUCCUCUGCCACCACCUCACCUUUCUGUCUGGAUACCUUCUGGGAUGUGCAGAGAGCGUGGCCAACCAGUCAGAGAGCAAGCAGAUCCCCGACUGCCUGCGCUGGCUCUUCACCCCUCUGGGCCGUCAGUUUUUCCUGAGCUGUGAUUGGUCUGUGAAGUCAGACAGCAGCGAUGAAGUGUUUACUUCUCAGAGGGACCCAGCCGACCCCAUCGCCCAGCUGCACCGCUGUUUCUGCAGGAAGCUUUUGGAACGAGCCGUUCACACACUCAUCCAGCCGCAGAGCGAGUCGGAUGGAGGCAGCUGCAAGAACAACCUGGGGGAAUUCUCCAACGCUCUGGAGUUUCUAGAGCUGCUGAACUCCUGCACCGAGGACUCUCCUUCCCCUCCAACCCCGUUCACGACUCCUCCCACCCUCACCUUGGUUUCAGUGGGCGACCCGGUGAGUCGCUGGUGGGCUCUGGUCCUUAAAGCCGCAGUUCAUUGGCUGCAGGGUGAUGAUGUCGCAGUGAAGUCUCUUCUGGCAGAAGCAGAGCGAAUGCCGAGGGCUCUGCUCAUUCUGGACCACCCUCUGCCCAAAGCUGUGCUCCUGCUCUGUAAGGUGGUUCAGAUGAGCCUGUCUCCUCUGAAAGGAGACGGGGUGGUGGCCUGCCUCUCUCACUGCGACAGAGCCAGCAGCUACCUGCGCUCCAGCAUCUCUCUGCCGCUCGCCCAGCCUGGGAACUGGCUCAACAAGGGGGUGGAGCUACUUGUUUGUGAUCUGCUGCUGACAUUAAGGACCAGUUUGUGGCAACGAGGAGGCAGCAGUAACGGAGAACCGGUUCCAGCUCCCGGGUCCCAGCUGGCCGGUUUCCAGAGGGACCUGAGCGCCCUCAGGAGGCUCACACAGUGCUACAGACAGGCACAACACAAGGUUUUCCUCCAUGAGACCACAGUGAGGCUGAUAGCUGGAGCCAGUCCAACAAGGACCCACCAGCUGCUGGAGCACAACCUGCGGCGCAGGACGCACAGCUCCUACUCAGCCGACGGCGAGUGCGUCGUGGGUGAGAGGGAGAGAGCUCACGCCAUUCUCCUCGCCUGCCGCCACCUGCCCAUGCCUCUGCUUACCCCCCCCGGCCACCGAGCCCGCCUGCUGGCCGAGGCCAAACGGACGCUGGAGCGAGUCGGGGAUCGUCGGUCGGUGCAGGACUGCCAGCAGAUCCUGCUGCGCCUCAGCGGAGGCACCACCAUCGCCGCUUCCUGAAGGCGCCCGGUGCAACAACCACCUCUGUAUCUUUGCCUUCAUGCAAAGACUAAUGUUCUCAUGGAAUAUUGAAACAGCUGGUCAUUGUUGGACAUACACUGAGUGAAACGUGGGAUCACAACACACUUUUUAAAUUCAACCCUAUCUCAAAUUGUUACAGUGCUUUGACUCCACCGUCUGGCCUUCUGGUGGUACUGACAGCGUUCCUUCAAACUGACACUCAUUCAUCAGCCAUAUUCGGACAAGCUAGAUCAAAAUUUAACUUAAUCUUUUCCAGAAAAACCCACAGACUGCUACAGUGGAACAAUCCUGACGGCUCCAAAAAAAAAAAAAAAAAGCGGGAAAGGGACCAUUAGCUAACCGCUGCUUAAUAUAAGCAAAGUAGGUUCGUUUUAAGAUGAAGUAAUGCAAUCAUUAUGAGCUCUCACUAAUGAGUGGCUGAAUUACUGCUACACUUUCCUUUUAGUAUUCCACAGCAGAGGAGGCAGACCAGCUUUUAGAACUGUGCAGUGCUGAGUAGUGUCUUUUUAUCUACCUCAAACACCGUAGAAAGGCAGCACUGUACCACGGCGCAGCAUAGGAAAAUGACGCAGCAGUUUGCCUGAAAUUUGACUUCAUCAUCUGAUGCUGAAUUUUAUUACAGCCCUCUAGUUAUCUAACUUAGCUGGCCUGCUGUGCUCGGAUUAUGGGAUUGAGCAGCACGACAUACAGACAAAUAAAUACCAUAUUUGCAGAAAAUGCAAUCAUAUGUUGUUAAAUAUCAGAGGACUGGGAGUUGUCUGAUUUUUAGAAGGAGUAACGACUCAAAAAAAGUCCUUUUUAAACACAAAGGCAGAAAUAUGCAGACUCUCUUGCAUUGAAUACAGAUAGAGUAAUUGUAUAUAAGUUGUACAUAGUCAGAAGUAGAGAGAAGAUGAUGUUCUUUGCGUCUUGAGACGAUGCACAUGCAGAACAGCACAUUAGUGCAAGGUCAACUGUCCUAGCCUUCCAGUUAACGCCACAAACCGCUUUUAUUGCAGCUUUAGGGAUGUCAUGGAACAGCAGCUGCAGUCGGCUUAGGCUGCCUGAGGCAAAAAGCCGGCAGCUUAAAGCUUGUUUGGAGUGAAUCCAGCUUUCUGUUGCAUUCCUCUCCUCCAAACCAGUCUCGGCUGCAUAUCCCUUUAGUGGUUCGUACACUUUUUAUUUUAUUUCCCUGGAAGUCAGGUCCAUCUAUAAUGAGACGCUCUCAAGCAAAACACCCUUUAUGUUAUGUAAGAAAAAAAAAGUGAGAGAAACAGAAUAUUUUUUUUAUGUUGUGUCAAUUUGGAAAGAUCAAGUCGUAUCUUUUUGAUGUCUCUGUUCAAUUAGCUUUUUACCUGUAAUUAUGGACGUGAUGCGGAGCUUUUUGUUGUUUCUUUGCUCUGAAUAUCUUAUUUAAUGGUUGCGUGAGAUAAAAGGCUUUUGGGGGUUAGUGUUGAGCUUUGUUAUAAUUUUUUUGUCUGUAAAAUCAGCGUAAGGACAGGAACGAUGAAAAACAAAAUGUUUUUAUACAAAUGUAAUUCCUUGUUAAAGUACAUUUUUUAAUAUACAAACUUACAGUUUGGAAAUUUAAGGACUAUAUUGAGCACAAACUUACUAUUUGAUUAGCACUGAAAAUCUUUUACAGUGUGUAUUUAGCUUCUCUGACUGCUAAACAAAUAAAAAAAAAGGUGAUGUUUUCGCUGGCAUCAUGCUCUUGGAGUUUUCUAUUGUUGUAAUUGUUACUUUUUUGUUUUCCUCCCUCAAAAAGUCUUAUUGUUUGAACUGUUUUGCUUAUUUUGUCCUUAUAUUGUUUUCUAAUAAAACAGCAGAUUAUUCAA